CACAUAUAUUAUUCGUAAUAAUAAUCACUGUGUUAUAGAUACACAUGUUCAUGAAAGCGUUAGCUUUUAUAUUUUAUGCAGUAAUCAUCUUGUGUUAAUAUUAUGGAGAGUAUAAACACGAAAUAUCAAAUGCUUGGCUAGCAAUGCUACUUAUCAAUAAAGUGCUAACUUUGUGGACAAUAUGCUGCAUAUUCUUAUUUUCACAAAUUUCACAGUCCAAUGGGAUUAUAAUCAACAAUUGGUUGAUUGUAUUGAUACCAAUGUGCUUUGUGGAUUUUAUUCUACUCAUCACAAAUGUACUGUUCAUGUCUGGAAGACUUCCUCAAAUAUUUGGUGAUUAUGAUGCGGGGAGUAAACUCAAUCGGACAUUGAUAGUGAGUUUUAUGCUGUGGAAAUUGGCUGGACAGACUGUUGUUUGCUUGUAUUUGGAGGGAUAUGUAGAUGGUUUACCUUACAAUGGAUUUCAACAGUUACCACAACAAGAUCCACCUGCGAGACAUCGCCUUGUUUUCUCAGUGUUUCCUUUAUGGACUACCAUGCUCAUGUGUUUAUUAGCCGUGUGUAGUCAAAUUGUAAAUAGCCGAAGUACAACAAUUUGGGUGUUUCGCACAAAUGAACAGUCAAGUGAAUGUCAUAAACUCCAAAAUCAACGGAAAACAGAAAUUUCCCCGGAACACUGAUGAAUGCCUUUUGGUUCUAUCAAAUUUUUCUCACGUAUUAUCAAGCAUUCAAUAUAAU